AUGCGGCCCCCGCGCCCCUGGCUGGCCCUCUCGCUCCUGGCGCCGGCCGCGGGCGCCGCGGCGGCCCCGGCGGGCGGCGGCGACGCGCUGGAGUGCGGCAUGCGCUCCCUGGCGCUCGAGUGGCUGGGCCGCGAGCAGCCAGGCCGCGACCACCGGGACGCGUACGACGCGCUGGAGCUCGGACCGCGCUGCGGCCGCCCGCCGCCCCCGCCGCCCCCGGAGCGGGCGCCGCCAGCCGUCGAGCUGCCGGGCGGCGCGGUCUUCGUCGCGGCCGGCGGGAGCGACGCCGGGGACGGCUCCGCGGGGAGGCCGCUGGCGACGGUGGAGGCCGCGCUGGCGCUGCUGGCCGAGGAGCGCAGCGGGGCGCGGCGGCAGGUGAUCCUCCGGGAGGGGACCCACUUCUUGCGGGAGACGCUCGAGGUGGGGCCAGGCCUGGGCGGCUUGGACCUGGCCUCGCUGCCGAACGAGAGCGCGUGGCUCAGCGGGGGCGUGCGGCUGCGGGGGGUGUCCUGGCGGCCCUCCUCGGGGCACACGCUGGUGGCAAACCUGUCCGAUUUCGUCCGCGAGCACGGCAUUCGGGAUAUCACUGGACUCUUCACCUACUCGCCCCACCGUCGCCUGACGCGUGCGAGGUUCCCGAAUGCCGACGUGGAACGGGAGAGGAACAGCCUCGAUGGCUUCCAGGCCCGCCAGCCAGUGGCAACGGAGUGGUGGCGCCCCCCCGCGGGGAAGGCCCCCACCUUCACGAGCGUAGACCUGCAGGCCGCCAACCCGAGUGGGCACUUCAAGAACAACUCUGCGAUGCGUGAGUACAACACCUAUGUAACAGGCCGCGGCGGUGUCUGUGAGUCCGUCUGGGGAACUGCUUCGUCUUACUGGUGUAGCAACGCCUCCGCAGGCGGCUGGGCAGAGGUCGACGCCGAGGCGGCUCGAAGCGGGAGGCUCAACAUCCCGAACGGCAUGACGUACAACAAGACGGCGCUACCUAAUGUUGCGCUUUGGGGGGAGGCCGCUGGCGCCGUAGUGCACGCCAAGCAUAGCCAAACGUGGGCGAUGCACAUGUUCGAGGUUUCCUCCCAUGAUGAGAGCAAGGGUAGACUGACCUUUGGCAGGGGCGGCUGGCAAGGCGGACGCAAUUGGUGCCGCUGUGAUCAGUGUACAUAUGCAGGCCCGUGGUGCAACCUGACGGGUGACAGCCGCAUAAUUGGGGGAGAUUGGUAUGUCGAGGGGGUGCGCGAGGAAUUAGACUCGCCCGGUGAGUUUUAUUUCGACAAUGCCACGAAGAUGCUCUACUUCUGGCCAAACGGCACCGAUGAGGCGGACCUUGAUUUGGUCGUUCCGCGCCUGAAGACUCUUGUCCACGUCAAGGGGACAUCUGCCAGCCCCGUGGCAAAUGUGAGCAUUCGUGGUGUAGGUUUCAGAGACUCCGCGAAAACCUACAUGGAGCAGUGGGGCGUACCGUCUGGAGGCGAUUGGGCCUUGUACCGAGGCGGUGCCGUGAUGGUAGAAGGAGCGGUUGAUGUCAGCAUCGAGCGAUGCAAGUUCCACCGCUUGGAUACCAACGCAGUUUUCAUUGCUGGCUUUGUGCGGGGCGCGUCGGUGCUCAACAGCAGCUUCGCGUGGCUUGGGGAGAAUGCCAUUGCCACAUGGGGCGACACGAACGAGUGGGAUGCCCGUGAAGGAUUGUUCCCCAUAGGCACACGCAUCGAGGGCAACGUCAUGAGAGAGUUAGGCUUGUACCAGAUUCAGAGCAGCGCGCUUGGGCAAGCAAAGGCAGCAAAGACUGUUGUGAAGAGGAACGUGAUGUUCAACAUGCCCAGGGCUGCGAUCAACUUCAACGACCACCUCGGCGGGGGAAACCUGGUGGAGUCCAACCUCAUAUGGAACACUUGCAGGGAGUCCGGAGACCAUGGCCCGAUCAACACGUGGGACAGGCUGCCAUACCUCAACCCCCUCACAGGGACGUUCGACUCUGUGCCAAGCCACGUGCGCGGGAAUUUCAUCAUAGCAAACUACGGCGCCAGCCAGGGAGUCGAUAACGACGACGGUUCCUCCUGGUGGCGCAUACACGAUAACGUUUUCUAUUCGGCCGACGGUUUCAAGAUGGACUACGGCGGGCACGACAGCGCCUUCUACCGGAACCUGGUCGUGACGCAGCUCGGGGGCUACGACGGCGGCAACUGCUUCCACCUUGGCAGCUUCCUGCCCGGGCACGGGGACUCCUUCGUGAACAACACCUGCGUCGUCCUGCCCGCCCCCGGCCUCAAGGGCAGCGUGAUCGGCCAGCUGGACCAGUGCGACGCGGCGCUCCUCCGCUUCGCCGGCAACCGCUACUACACUCAGGCGGGCAACGCCACGGUCAAGUGCGGCAGGCGCCUGGUGCCCCUGCAGCACUUGCCUGCCGGGCUGGAGGCCGGGUCGUCCUCGAGCACGCUGCCAGCAGCCCCGGCCAUCAUCGAGUGGGCGCGCAGCUUGCUGGACCUGGCGGCACCCGCCGAGUCCGAGGCGCGCGGGCCCCGGCGGCGUCCUCCGCAGCUGUUCGUGUGA